AUGGAAUUUAAUGAUAAGGAUUAGCUGGAUGAAAUUGAGAGUCAUGAAAGAUUUAUGGAAAAUUUGAUUAAAGAGAAAUAAUUAAGGACAUAAAUUGAAGAACGGAGAUCUUAAAAUUAGGAAUCAAGACUUUUGAAGAGGUUGAAGAAUUUUUAAUUAAGAGAAAAUAAAAUUAAAAUAAAGUUUAUGUUUAUGUUUAAGAUUCUUAAGGAUAAGUAUUAUUUUAAAGAUGAACAACAUUCAUAAAUGUAUUUCAUGGAAAAGAUUAAAAUUAAUCAUUUUUUGAAAAAGAAUAAUAACUUUGCUAGAAAUAAGGAUUGA